AUGGAGUGUGGCCGUGGUAUUCCAGCUGCCAGGGUGAAGGCUGACUUUGUGCCGCCUUGCACUGCGCCAACACCGACGGCGCCGUCGCCUAUGCCGUCACCGCAGAUCCCAAGCUUGGAGAUGAUGAGGCCGGAUGCACAGAGUGCAGACGUCGUGGUGCCGUUGCCUGUGUCUUUGGACCAGAUUUACCGUGGAGCUACGAGACGUGUGCGUGUACAAGCUGGGCAGCUGAAAAGAGUUGCGAAGAAACUCUGGCAGGAUGUUUUCGAUGUGAAGAUUCCUUGUGGUGCUCCAGACGGUCACCGAGUAACUUUCAAGGACAAGGUCUGCGGAGGAGGGGACGUCGUCUUCGUUCUUCAGGAGAUGGAGCAGAAGACCUGGCAUCGCCAGGGAUGCAACUUGUUCAUCCAGCAGAGUAUCAGCUUGAGAGAGGCGCUCUUGGGCUGCGAGCUGGUGAUCGAGCAUCUCGAUGGGCGUAGGCUACUUGUUCGCUCCAAGCCCGGGGCAAUUCUGGCGCCCAAGUGCAAUGGAGAGGCUCCCUGGAGCCGCUUCGAUGACUCGGACGCCUUCCCUGGCCAGGAUGCAGGCACAGCCAAGACGGGUGACAUCGAGUCCUGCAAGGAAAUCUGCCGACGGCACGGCUGGGCCGGCUUCACUUACUGGGAAGACAAAGCUUACUUCCGCGCGCAGGACCGGUCGAUGCUGCUGAAGCACAGGAGGGCGCACAGCUCCUAA